CGUGAUAGAAAAUAAAUGUUCGCUGAGCGGCUACCGGCGAAUGGAUGCGGACUAUGGAGUUCUAACAACUCCAGUCAGCCAAAAAGAAAGACGGCCUUUAAAUCGUCCCUGUCGGUGGUCCAUCACUGGAGGUGGUCUGCUGGCUUUAACUAUUCACUAUUUAGGCGUUAAGACGUCGACAUGCGAGCAGGUUUUGAAAAUCAACUACACAGAUUGUGGCUUACAGUUAGCUGUAACUAGAAGCUUUUGUAAACUUGAACAUGCAACUUUUAAGUCUUGUGGAGAGGUUACGAUAAGCAGUCGUGAAAUGCGAGUGGAAGGGUCAAUGGAGAGAUUCAUUAUUUCUUACCAUAGAUAUUUUGACAGAGCUUUACCCCAGCCACCAGAAAGACAUUCAUGUUCUGUACCAUCAGCUGAUGAUGUAACACGGCCACCAGGGGUCAUACAUCGCGGAUCACCAGAAGAUAAAUCUGUCAAUUUGACAAAAAAGCUUAAGCUGCUCAUUGUGUACGUUGUUUUUGGGGUAAUCAUCCUUGUUCUGCUCGUGGCUUUGAUAGCAGUCAUCAUUAGCUACUGUAGACUCCCCAAGUCUGAAACGUGUGCCAAAGAAAUAUCUGAGACCACAGUUCUGUGGCGCAACACACCACUUGAAACAUUUCAGACAAACAAUUUUCUGGACGGGCCCAUACUUUCCCACCAAACUUAUACAACAAAGCACGGCACGCAACAAAUGGUAUCACAUGUUCACAGUGAUGCCAUAUAUGAGAAUGAAGAAUUGGACCACAAUGAUGCCAUAUACCAGAAUGAAGAAUUGGGCCACAGAAUGAGCAACCCUAUAGACAUGCCAGAUUUCUUGUGUGUUAAAAAAGACACCGAUUUCAAUGAUUUGUUAAACACUUUACAAGCAUGCUCAAUUUAUGAUGAAUUAAGCAAUCAAACACAAGAGUUGUAUGAAAUGCCAGGUGUCAGUUAUAAUAAAUCUCAAGAAAACGAAGGGUCCAACAACAUCUACGAAUGCAUCGAUCGAGACAACUUUAGAAAGACCAAUAUCAAGAUGGCAGCACCUGUCUCAGGUCAAGAGAAGCACAAAGUUGAUGGCUACCAUUAUAGUGUCAAUAAUGACGAGUAUGCCAUUGUGCAGAAAUACAGAAAAAAGUUGCCUGACCAUAUAAGUAAUGGAUUUCAGUCAAAUACAUUAGAACAUAACAGCUCAAUGGCUUUAGGUCAUUACGAAAAAUUAGCAGAUUCCAAGAGAUAGCUAAGGAGAAAUCAACAAAUCCCACGAGACGGUUUAAUAAUAACGAGCCGGCCCGCGGCAUAACAUACGCCGCUAUUUAGUUGUUUCUAAUUUUCAAUAAUUCAUAAUUUGUGAAUUCGACAGUACCAACGCUGACACUGAAAAUAUU